AUGGCACAAUCUGGGGCCCCUGACAUUCACGAGAUUUUCCAAGAGGGAAAAUCCAGCUCCGUGCCACUCAUAAAGAAACCCCGGCCUACACCAAAGAAGACGCCUCCUGCUGCUGUGACUACCUCCAAAUCCCCGACUAAGGGGAAAGGCCAUAGCUCGACAGCUCCAGCUGCUACGGCUCAGGAGAAGAGGGGUCCGCCUGCACCUCCUCCCCAAUUCCCUUCAGCCCCUGCUCAGGACCAGGCAGCACCAAUUGGUCCCCCAGCUCCGAUGGAAUUCUUGGCUCAGCACCGUAGUAUAACUUGGGCCAGGGCCAGGAAUGAAGAGCUUAAGGCUGAGCUCCAGACCGCUCAGGCCGCCCUGACUGCUGCCCAAGAUGCCCUCGUAGCUGCUCAACAAAGUGAACUAGGUGCCAAGGCUGCCUUAUCAGGGACUCAAGAGGGUGUGGAGAAUGCAAAGGCUUCCUUAACGGCGGCACAAAAGGGCGAGCAGGCUGCAAAGGCUUCUUUGGUUGCCCUUCAAGCUGAGCACGCGGAGGCCGCCAAACAGCUGGAGGCCAAGGCUGCUACUGAGGAGGAAAAGGUGGCCUCGAUCUCCUCCAUGGAGAGAAACGACUCUUAG